CCGCCAUUUUGUGUUAGGCCCACUCUUCUAAAGCGGGAGAAAAUUAUUCGUCCGGCGCUCAGCAACUACGGAAGAUCACAGCGGGAUUGCAGGGACCGACCACAGACGCCGAGCUUCCAAGUGAAUAUAAAGGGGGACAGAAUCAGCCGAGAGGUGUUAGCUGGUCCAUCGCCAUGGAGGGCGAUGUUUCAAUGGAGACCACUCAGGCUGACGGAAAGGUCCUGCCAGAAGGUGGAGAGGCUUUGAUACAAGCUCCACAGGGGGAGGUGGCAGGUAACAUGGAGAUGAUGGUGAUGGACGCCCUAGAUCCGACUCUGCUGCAAAUGAAGACAGAGGUGCUGGAUGGCGCCAGCACAGUGACUGUUACUGGUGGAGAUGAGGGUCAGAUCAUCACACUCCAGGUGGUGAAUAUGGAGGAGCAGACAGGUGCUGCACUGGGUCUUGGUCAGCUUCAGUUGGUGCAGGUACCUGUCACAACAACAACUGUGGAGGGGCUCCACGCCACCUACGUUGAUGCAUCAGCAGCUAACAAGGAUGCAGAACCAGUUAUCUGUCAUACUCUUCCCUUGCCUGAGGGUUUCCAGGUGGUAAAAGUGGGUGCCAACGGUGAAGUAGAGACCGUGGAGCAGGAGGAACUUCAGGCAGCCCAUGAGGAGCUUCAAGGGACAAGGGGAGAGGAAGAGGAGGAGGAAGAAGAGGCAGCAGAAGUAGAAACCCCUGUUCCCCAGCAGGAAGACCCAGAAUGGUCCAAAGACCCAGACUACCAGCCCAUCACCGCUGUCCGUAAAGGAAAGAAGGGAAAGAAGAGCCGCCUGCGUUACGGAGAGGGCGAUCGUGACAUGGAUGUUUCUGUGUAUGACUUUGAAGAAGAACAGCAGGAGGGGCUGUUGUCGGAGGUGAAUGCUGAGAAGGUGGUGGGAAACAUGAAGCCACCAAAGCCCACCAAGAUCAAGAAAAAAGGUGUGAAGAAGACUUUCCAGUGUGAGCUGUGUAGCUACACGUGUCCAAGACGCUCCAACUUGGACCGACACAUGAAGAGCCACACGGAUGAGAGACCACAUAAAUGUCACUUAUGUGGACGGGCUUUUCGAACAGUCACACUGCUGAGAAACCAUCUCAACACACACACAGGCACUCGGCCACAUAAAUGCACAGAUUGUGACAUGGCAUUUGUGACCAGUGGUGAGUUGGUGCGCCAUCGCCGCUACAAACACACACAUGAGAAGCCCUUCAAGUGCUCUAUGUGCGACUAUUGCAGUGUGGAGGUAAGUAAGCUGAAAAGGCACAUCCGCUCUCACACAGGGGAACGGCCCUUCCAAUGCAGCCUGUGCAGCUAUGCUAGCAGAGACACUUACAAGCUGAAAAGACACAUGAGAACACAUUCAGGCGAGAAGCCAUACGAGUGCUAUAUCUGCCAUGCCCGUUUCACGCAGAGUGGCACCAUGAAGAUGCAUAUUCUGCAGAAACACACAGAAAAUGUGGCCAAGUUCCAUUGUCCACACUGUGAUACUGUCAUCGCACGCAAGAGUGACCUUGGUGUUCACUUGCGGAAACAGCACUCGUUUAUUGAGACAGGAAAGAAAUGUCGUUACUGUGAUGCUGUGUUUCAUGAGCGGUACGCUCUCAUCCAACACCAGAAGACCCACAAGAAUGAAAAACGUUUCAAGUGUGACCAGUGCGACUACUGCUGCAGACAGGAGCGCCACAUGAUAAUGCACAAGCGUACACACACUGGGGAGAAGCCAUUUGCCUGCAGCCAGUGUGACAAAACAUUUCGACAGAAGCAACUUCUGGACAUGCACUUCAAGCGCUACCACGAUCCCAGCUUUGUUCCCACUGCCUUUGUCUGCAGCAAGUGUAGCAAGACCUUCACCCGCAGGAACACCAUGCUGCGUCAUGCUGAGAACUGCACUGGUGAAGUUGUUGAGGAAGAAAAUGGAACUCCCACACCCAAAAAGGGUCGCCGGGGCAGAAAGAGGAAAAUGCAGUCCAGAAAGGAUGACGAUGAUGAUGACACAGAAGCUGAACAGGACGAGGCAGAGGAGGAAGAAGAGCUGUUAAGUGAGAUUGAGGUGGAACAGGCCCCACCAGUCGUCCCUAUCCCAGCCCCUGUGGAACCACCAGUCAAGAGGAAACGUGGACGCCCCCCAAAGAGCAAACCAGACGCGGCUGCCAUCAUCCGAGUGGAGGACGAGGCCACUGGAGAGGUGGAUGACAUAAUUGUGAAGAAGGAGGUUGGAGCUGAACAAGAUGACCAGGAGGAUGGCAACGAGGAGGGCGUAGAGGAGGUGGUGGUAGGCGGAGGGAAGUCGACCAUUCAGAUGGAGGAGAUGUCCCAGGAGGAGGGGGCAGCACAGGAGGUGCAGCUGUCUGAAGCCCCACCCAACGGAGACCUGACCCCCGAGAUGAUCCUCAGCAUGAUGGACCGGUGAUGGAUGCAAGGGUCAAGCCUGUAAAUGUGUCACCACAUCUUCAUUUUGGUUCUUGGAAUUUAGGAUCACAAGCGCUUGCAUCCUAAAUAUAAACAAACAUCACUGUUGUAAUUUAAGAUUUGCUUUUUAAUCAUGUAUUGAUAAAGACUUGGAUGAGUGGGGAGAAAAAAGAUUUUUAAUAAGGAUUUGCCUACCAAAAAAAAUGCAUAUUUCAUUACAUUGGAGUUUGGGGUGGCUGUAAUUGACAGCAGUAUCUUAAGCCUUCUCAUUGUUGUCUUUGGUGUUUAGAGUUCACUCUAAAGCAAGACUGUGUGCAUGUAAUUUUAAGCCUUUUUUGUUUUUAUGUUUUGCUUGUUUCACCUUGGUUUAAAGUCAUAAGAGGAUAGUAGUGGAUAUUUCUUUGCUUUAGGGUUUUGUUUUGUUGGGUUUUUUUUUUUCAUAAUUAUAAUAGUCAGCACCCUCACUGAAGAGCUGUAUGUAGCUCUCAGUUUGGACAGAAAACUGCUACAUGAGAAAUUUCAUGAAAUUGCAAAAUAAAGGGGCAACCUUUGGGGACAUGAUACUGCCAUUAAUCACAGCCAUGUUAAGAUAAGAAAAAUGUAAUAUUUUGAAUUUUAGGUUGUUGUUUUUUUUUU